CGCCAGUGGAAGGGGAAGGCAAACAACUGUGAAACAAGAAAAGCGAACGACCAAGUCCAAAAUGCCGACGUGGUUUACUCUAAGGAUGCCCUGUCCUGUGCUUGGAUGCAAUAACUCGCGAAACGAUAUGAUUUUGAACUGGGUUUGUGCCCAGGACAAAACGACCAUGUACAUUAGCGAGGAAGGGAGACUCGCGUGUCGCAACAGUCAUAACGACAAAAUCGCCAACUGGAAGUUUGACUGUGGAGAUCGCUCGUCUUACGGACCUCAUCGAAGCAACCACUUCGUUGCAGCUGAUUACCAAGGAUUUGCGCACGCAAUGUCCAUCGCAGUGGCGAAUUCAACUGUGGCAGGGGCUGAGUGGGUCGUAAAACUCAUGAUGAAUUUGAAGGAACAGUAUGGGGCCUGAUGAUCAGUUGGAUCCUUGUGGAGUUAAAAGCCAACUAUUGUAAUAGCAUUAUGAUUCAGUAGAAUAAAUGUGUGCAUGUGGGACUCGUUCGAAAAUGUAUGAUGUUAUUUUGAAGUGGGAGCCGGCAUUAUCAGUCAGUUUUUAGUCGACAUAGAGUAGGACCCGAACAGGAUGUCCGUUUUUUUAGUACUUUUUGGUAAUUUCCUUUCUUAGUAUUAGAUAAUAAUUGUUGUAAAACUACAAUUUUUGGAUAAUAAACGAG